AUGGGCUCUGGUGCUGGUUUCUACCUCCCUCCUCCACUCAACUUCUCUGCCAUGUCCGGCAGGCAGACUAGCUCGGCAGCUUCGUCGCCGACAACCAGAAGCCCUCUGUCAUCCACUCCCCCCUCACACUACUCAUCGUCUCCCUACUCUCCCAGCAGCAACCGCAAUUCCGGUCUCUACACCUCGCCUUCCAGAACCUCCUUGUCAUCUCUCCAAGGUUUCAACACCCAGGAACCGGCCGUUCUAUCCGAUAAGGUUACGAAGGAGCUCAGGGAGUACGCGAGUUCGUUUGACCAUGUGAGGGAUUGGAAGCGAAGGAUGACGGUUGUA